UUGUUGGUAGGUUUCACAACUUUUGUCGUCGUCAUUAGAGUCGUUGGGCUCUGGAGUUAUUGAUGCUAGGUGUCAUUUCGGAUCUUAUCUCACGUCGUAUCGAGUAAAGCGUAGCAACAAACGGAAUUUUCUGGAAAUUUCUUCUUCAAACGGAGUCAGGGGUUGAUCCCUCUUGGACAUUGAUAAAAUGAAUCCAGGUGUCCACCUCUUGUGGGUGGUGAGCUUCCUUCUGUAUAUUUCUGUUGCCCUUUCACAAUCAGAUCUUGAUGCAGCGAUCGCUGAUGCUACUGUUGAUGGAACGGUUGAUGGAACGGUUGAUCUAACUGUUGAUGGAACGGUUGAUGGAACGGUUGAUGGAACAGUUGAUGGAACGGCUGAAGGCGACUCACUGUCACCAGAUGAGUUGUUAGCUAAUAACAAUCUGGCCGACGAGACUGAUUUGAAAUUGGGAGCCUUGGAAAUUUUUGCGGAAAAGGUGCUUUCCCUUACGGAUGACCUUCCACCGGAGUACUGCAAAGAUCUCACAAGUACUGGAUUCAUAUUUUCGGGUGACUGUUCUAGCGAGAAAGACACUAAAUAUCGCAGAUUGGACGGAACUUGUAAUAAUUUGGAAUUUCCCAGCUGGGGAAAAGCUCACUGGCCUCUGCUUAGAAUAUCACCAGCAGCCUAUGCAGAUGGUAUAUCCGAACAGAGAGCACACAGCAACCCUAAGCUGUCAUUGCCGAAUCCUCGUGAUGUGUCAGUGAAGAUAGGUACCACCGCCGACAUCGAAGGAAAUGAUCCCUAUGGUUCCAUGGCAUUGGCUAUUCUGGGCCAGUUAAUUGACCACGACAUCGCUCAUGCUCCACAAUUCGGCUCGACAUGCGACGAUUGUUCGUCACCAGUACAUUCAUCAUGUUGCCCCAUCAAGAUAGACGUCAACGACAUAUUUUACAAGGGUGAAACGGAAUGCAUGGCGUUACCACGUACCGUCGGGAUAAAUGCCAAAGUCUGCGCUUCCGACAGCACCGAUCCUCUGCCACGUGAACAUCUCAAUGACAUCACUGCGUACCUGGAUGCAUCGGCGGUUUAUGGGUCAACACAAGCAGAACUUGAUGAGCUAAAAGAUGGUUACCUCAUGAAAGUCCUUGAACAUCCUGACGGCUUGCUUCCCUUCUUACCUGUGGAUAGUACCGAAAAAAUGUGUCGUGGUAUGGACGACUCGAGGAACAUUGGAUGUGCACUCGCCGGCGACUCGAGAGCGUCAGAGCAGCCAACGCUGACAGGAUUCCAUACGAUGUUUGUCCGAUAUCAUAAUGUGAUCGCCAGGCAACUUAAGGAGCGCAACAAUGAUUGGAGUGAUGAUACACUAUUCGAAGAGACCAAAAAGAUCGUUAGUGCAGUCUUCCAACAUAUUGUUUACAACGAAUACCUUCCAGCUCUUUUGGGCGCGAAGUCCGUCGAGCACUUUGGCCUGAAAAUUAGGAGAGGACGAACCGAUGUAUACGAGAAAGAUGUCAGUGCUACAUUAUCCAAUGAAUUUGCCGGAGCAGCUUACCGUUUAGGUCAUAGUCAGAUUCCAGUUGAGCUUGAGACCCGUAGCAAUGACAACAAACCUUUGAGAAGCGUUCAACUUCGUCAUGCCUUCUUCAACGCAUCUGCGAUUUACGACAGUGAAAUUAACGGUAUGAACGGUUUUAUUCUCGGAAACAUCAACCAGAGAGUGAACAAAAUCGAUCGCCAUUUUUCUUCUGGAAUUCAGGGUCAUCUCUUCGAGGAUGUAGAAACUGGGCACGGUCUCGACUUGAUAGCUAUUAACAUUCAGAGGGGACGCGAACACGGCCUCAAUUCCUACACGGUAUACUAUGAAAAGUGCAACCAUGAAAAGAAGAUCUCCUCUUGGAAUGACUAUCUGGGAGUUUUCCAGGAUGACCUUCUUAUUAAAGAACUCGCGAAUCUCUACGGCCCCGAAGGGUAUCGCGAAAUAGACCUCUUCAUAGGUUUAAUGAUUGAGAAGCACGUGGAAGGAGGUCGGGUUGGACCUACCCUUGCUUGUAUCGUCGGUAACCAGUUCAGGCGAUUUCGUCAUGGAGAUCGCUUCUGGUAUGAGAGGAAUGAGCCAGAGGGUUUCUCAGACGCUAAGCUAGCUGCCAUCAAACAGGUAUCGCUGUCAAGUGUGAUCUGUAGUACACUGGAUAAUAGUGACGAACUCGAAGUCCAACCUUAUGCCCUCUACACCCCGGUGUGUCAAUGUGACUAUGUGAGCAAUGAACAAUCCUGGGUGGAUUAUGCCAUGGAUCACGACUUUCCGGGUGACCAUUUGGAGCUGCCUGGAUUCACUAACCAUCGUGUAAAGUGCAGCGAUGAACGUUCGAUACCCCGACUGAACCUCGAUCCGUGGAAGGUGGAGACAGUGUCCUACACGGAUCCUGAAGGGGAUGAUGUAGAGGUUCUUGUGGUUAAAGAGCCGGUUCUGGACGUGAAUAGUGAGACGAUCUACUUGGAUGACGGAAGAGACAGUUUUUUAACAGUUUAAUUCAUGACGUCGUCGUAAUAUCACCAAUAUAUCUCCAAGGAUAUAUAUGGAUAGGAGGGGUAUAGACUAAAUUUACCACAUAUUUUCUUGUUCCCAAUAACCAGGUGAUAACGAUUCACGCAAACACGAACAAAAGUCGGCCAAUCAAUGAUGUUUUGGGGUAUUUAAUCCGUGUUGUAUGAUACAUACAAUUAAACUUGACAAAUUGUGAGCGGAAACUGAAUAUGUAUCCGAUUGCAAAAAAAGAAAUGUAUUCUAUGAGAUAUGUGCAAUGCUCUAUUCUUCAGUCUGGAUAUAUUGGACAAAUGUUCACUUAAAAGGAUUCAAAUCAGGAAUUACAUACAGUAGGUUUCUAUUUACAUUAUCUAACCAAUCAUUCGUUAGUUCUAUAUGACGACAUUGAAGUGAAUGAAAAAGUGUACUGACCAACACAAGUGAAAGUAUCUUACCAAUUCUCUAUAUUUCUGUUUGCACAUCUGUACAUGACAGAAUAUUGUUUCAUCCUCAUGAUAUAUAUUUUUUCUCAAGUUAUUUCAACGAUGAAAUUGUAUGUUCUCAUCUUUUAUUUUCGGUUAAGGUAGGGGACAUAAUCGUUUAGGUAGACUGUACGUUAUUUGAUGGUUGGGUUUAGUUUGAUCUCCAUAAUCAAAUAUAUUGUUGAAUUAAUAUCAGGUGGAUAGGGUUGUUAUAAUAACAAAUUUGUGUAAUCAUUAUUAUAAAUUUCAAUCUGUCCUACGUAAUUAGGUAUUAAGUUCCUCAUUAUGACAAUGCCUUGUUUAGAUUUUUCCCUAGUGUGAAUUAUUCGAUUAAUUUACCCUCUUUCUACAUAUUCAGUGUUGGCUUUUCAUAUCGAGAAGCAAAACUCACUCUUCAUUAAGAUUUUAGAUCGUUUUUUAAUAAUCAAGGGUAUUGCUGAUAUACUAUCUCGCAAUAUCUCUUUCAUGUAAAUCGGUAACCAUAUUGUGCACUUUUCAGAAUUCAUGCGAUAAUCGUGUUUGAACGGAAACGUAUAUUUUUCCACAACUUGCUGGUUAUUGCUAUAUAUAGUCAAUGUUAUUAACAGCAUAGUAUGGCCGAAAUCCACUCCAUUUUAAACUCAGACAAAAUAUUUCAAGGUAAUAUUUGCUGCAAUAGCUUCAUUGAGGUUAGGUAUUGUUAAAGAAUAUGAACAAUUUGCAAUACAGAAGAUUCAUAUACGUGUCAUUUAAAACUUUUGGAAUAGCAGAGAUAGCAGCCAUCUAAUUCUAAAUGUAAAAGAUAUGUGAUAAUAAUUAUAUAGUAUGAAACUAGAAUAGUAUAAGUAUACUGAUAAAACCAAUAAUGUUAAAGUAUCGGUGAUGAUAAUUCUGGUAGUGAUAUCAAUGAUAGUAAUCAUUAUGAUAGCAAUAUCAAUGUCAAUGAUAAUAUAAAUGGUAACAACAAUGAUGAUUAAGAACAAAAAUAAUUGUAGCUAUUGUACUGUUACUUGGCUUAUUACUAUCUGAAAAUACUGCCACUACAUCAAAGUCCAUGGAGGUUAUAAUGUUAAAUAAUACUUCUAAUACAUCCCC